CCUUCUGCCGAUGUCUCACAGUCUGGCUGCUGGUCGCUUAUUAGUGUCCCACUGACCCUCUGGUCUGGUCUUCUGUCUUUCCCUCCGAUUCCCCACCCCCGCUGGGCGAUGGAUCACCCCCUUUGAUGCGCUGGCAGCUAUGAAGCAGGCAAUUGAGCAGGCAGGGUCCAUAUUCACUGGCUGGAUAUCAUCCUGUUUGUUCUGCCUGGGUCCGAGGGAUGAUGAGAGCUUUCGGCAUCAGCAGGCUAUGAAGCAGCGAGGCGCCGAACGAGAGAUGAGAAUAUGCCACACGCAGCCUCACCUCGUUCCCCCAAUGAAGCUCGUCGUGUACGAUGAUUUGCCCAGCCCCAGCCCUCCCCCUCCCCCUCCAGCGCGGGCAUCGACCCUAUCGUCGUGGGUGGUCGAGGGUCGAACCCGAGCAUCGCGGGCCAGCAUGUCGCUGAAGAGGAAAUCCACUGCCCCUGUGCGCAUCAGCGCCCCGUCCGACUUCCGUCACGUCUCGAUGUUCUCUCCCACCACCACCACGACAAUCACGACGGAGGUUGGUCCCAAGGGUUUUCGUCCGCUGGAGCUGGGCUUCAAUUCCCCCACCAACCGACUGCCCGAGCUCCCCCGGUUCGAGGACUAUCAACUCGAGGGCGAGCGCGCGCAGAUCACACCACCCCCGCGAGCCCUAUCCACGACAGAGACAGGCCGCGUGCGCUCUCACCGGCCGUCAUCCUCCUUCCAGCUUCUUCGCAAACCGGUUGGUUCGGGAUCCCGCAGGUCGUCGCUGGGAACUAUAGAGCAGCUGCUGGAGAGACAGUCCCAGUCCCAGUCCCAGUCCCGGACUAGUCCCUUGAUCCCGCAUUUCUCCACCCGCAGCUCGGUCCUGUCGGCCCUGUCGUCGCCCGCAUCUCCAAAGCCAGACCUAGCCCUGGCUGGUAUCUUCAAGUCUCAUCCCCACGUCGGCGCCAACAACCCUACUCCAGCGACAGCUAUCCCCCCUCCCCCUCGCACCCCAACCAGACCCACAGCCACCAACAACAACCUGGACCUGAACCUGCAAGACAGGCCCUUACCGUCCAUCCCACCAGACGACAGUUCCUGUCCCAGUCCCAGUCCCAGUCCAUCACACCCGCCCACGACCCCCUCCGACUCGCGCCCCCCGACCACUCCCUCCGAUAGCAACAACAACAACAACAACAACCACACCCACAACCCAAAUCGCACCCCCACUCGUUCCGGCCGCGUAACGCAGUGGCUGUUCCAAACUAGCAGUCCCAACAACAUCAGCAAGACAACCGGGCCCCACCCCCAAUCCCCAACUCCAUUCCGCCUCCGCUCCCGCACCCUAAGCGGCUCCACCCUCGUCUCAUCCAUCACCAACCUCACUGGACAUCACCACCACCACCAUAGCCAUAAUCAGCAAUAUAGUCAUAGUCACAGUCACCCCAGCAAACCCACCCCCUCCCUCACCAGCGCAACCACCAUGCGGGCAGAUACCACCCGUGACAAGGACAGGAAUGGGGACAAAGAGGGGGGGAGGGAUAUGGAGGGAGACUUCGACCUCCCCCUCGACAGUCCAUUCCUCCCCAAGCAGAAGCAGACCUUCGCGUCCGUCACCGAGGAGUCUAGCCCUGGCAUCUACCAGUAUCCGUACCAGUAUCCGGUCCCGACGAUCUAUGAGGGCGAGGGUCAGAUUCCUCCUCCUUCUUCUUCUCCUUCUCCCCGUGACCAGGACGAGUUUCAUACUGAGUAUUAUGAGAAUUAUCGGCUUUCGGCGGUGGGGGUGGCUUUUUGAUUGGUUGUUUUGUUGAUAUACACCCAUGUGCGCAGACAAAUAUAGAAAGAAAGAAACAU